AUGGGGCUUCUUCGAAGUCUCGCGAUGCUUGUUUUGAUGAUAUGGUUCUGCUUCUCGUUGGAUGUAAUGGCUCAAUCUAGUACAAGUCGUCCUGCUCGAGCUCUUGAUGCUCUUCUCCAAGACUAUGCUUAUAGUUCUUUUGUUCGGCCUAAAACUGGCCUUACCUAUGAUGGGCGUCUUCCUUCUAAUUUGAGUGGGAUUCAAGUUGCAGGAAUGAGGCUCAGGAGUGGCAGCUUAAGAAAUAGAGGUGUGCAGAUGUACAAAGAAUUUCAUAUCCCCGUAGGGGUUACUGUGCAACCUUAUGUGGAGAGGCUUGUUUUGGUGUACCAAAACUUGGGCAAUCGGUCUAGUACAUAUUAUCCGUUAACCAACUAUACUUAUUUGGCUCCAGUACUGGGCCUUCUUGCUUAUGAUGCUUUUGAUUUAUUGGCAACAAAUUUACCAGAAUUGAAUAUUACAGCAUCUGCUGAUCCCAUAUCAAUCAGAUUCCAAGAUAUAAUGUCAGAAGCACCUCAGGGAUCUGUUCCAAAGUGUGUUUGGUUUGAUUUACAUGGUUUGACGAAUUUCAGCAAUGUGGUAUCAGGCAAUUCGUGUUUAACCGUCCAACAGGGGCAUUUUUCUAUAGUUGUUGAGUCUACUACCCCCAGUCCAUCACCGGUUUCUCCCAUCCCACCACCUCCAAGUGGUAAAGGAAAAAAGAGUAAAUCAAGAGUCUGGAUAAUUGUCGGGUCUGUUCUAGGUGGAAUAGUGCUGUUGGGGCUGUUGGCAUUUCUGAUAAUAUGGUUGCAGAAGUAUAAGCAUAGGAAGAAAAUGCAACAAAUGGAAAAGGCGGCAGAUGUGGGUGAAGCCCUGCAGAUGACUACAGUUGGAGAUACAAAAGCACCAACUGCACUGGUGACUCGAACUCAACCGACUCUCGAAACUGAAUAUGUUCCCUAA